GGGAGGAGAAUGGGCUGGAGGUACAGAGAGCUGAGUUUCCUUGGAAAAUGAUGCGUUUAGUUGUAGGUUUCAGAGGCCGUUGAGACAUUUCCAAGAGAAACAGAGUGGUUGGUGGGCAGAUGGCUCAGCGGUUAGGAGAGCACGUGGCUCUUCCAGAACCCAUGUUGGGCAACUCACAACCUCUUCUAACUGCAGCUCCUGAAGAAUCUGACACCCUCUUCUGGCUUCCAAGGGCACUGCACUCAGGCACACAUACGCAAAGACACCCAGGCAUACAUAUAAUUUAAAAAUUAAACAAAGCUCUUUAAGUAGUUGUCAUAGUUUGGGUUUUAUUUCUGUGAAGAGAUACCAUGACCCCAAACCACUUUUAUAAAGGAAAACUUGGGGUUUGCUUACAGUUUCAGAGUCUUAGAUCGUUAUCAUCAUGGCAUUGUGUAGGCAGACAUGGUGUUAGAGAAGGAACUGAGAGUUCUACAUCUUGAUCCUCAGGCAGCAGAGAAAGACUGUAAGACACACCGGGAGUAUCUUGAGCAAGUGAAACUUCAAAGCAUGCUCCCACAGUGACACAUUUCCUCCAACAAGGCCACUCCCUAUGGAGCCAAGGUUACCAACACAUGAGUCUAUGGGGACUCUUCCUAUUCAAACAACCUCAGUGAUAACUGGUCAUACAGAUAGAAAAUAUAUGGUUCACACAGCCAGUAUACACAAUUUAACAUAAAUAUGUGUUCUUAUAUCAUUUAUUUAAUAUAGAGAUAAUUUAGUGUAAAUUGUAUGCUGUGUGUGUGUGUGUGUGUGUGUGCGCGCGCGCAUGUAGUGCACAUGUGUGUGGGGGUGUGCAUGUUUGUGUGUUGGGGGGUAUGAAGGUCAGAGGACAACUUUGGGAGUCAUUUCUCAGGUUCCACUGUGGGUCUCUCUGAAGCCUGGGCCUUGUUGGUUAGGGAUAGCCAGUGAGUCCCAGAGAGCCUCCUUCCUGGGUGUGAGGCCCCCAUUCUUGGAUAGCAAACAUUUUCCUGACUGAGCCAUCUUCCCUGGGACACAUAUCUCACUUAUGAAAAGUUUUCAGUCCUUAGGUUUUGAAUCCUGUACCUGAAGACACCCACAGGACACUGAAGCAGGAGAAGUAAAAAGAAAAAAGCCACGCCUCCUCCUGAGGAGAUGCAGAGCCUCAGGACUGAGCAGACACAGGGACUACUGCCUCGGGACAGCAAGGCCUGGGAGAAGCCAUGCCACUCCACCUUCCCCAAGGACUGGGAGGCUGUGGAGGUCGGGGCCUCCAGCUGUGACAGUGAUGAGAAAGAUCUGUCUUCUCAAGAGACUGGGCUUUCUCAGGAGUGGAGCUCAGUGGAGGAAGAUGAGGAGUCAGAGGAUUCUCAGGGCUUUGUGGAGUGGUCCAAGGCUCCACAGCAAACCACCAUCGUGCUGGUAGUGUGCGUGCUGUUCUUAUUCUUGGUUUUAACUGGGAUGCCCAUGAUGCUCCACAUUUAACUACCACAGAAGCCGCUGUAUGGAAACAUAAUCCCGCGUCACGUUAAGAAACUGUCCUGGCUAGAAACAAGGAAUGGAUACCGAGCAUUAAGAAAUGCCUUUCACAUCCAUCGAGAUGAGUUUAUAAUUAUUUGUAAUUUAUUUAUCCGAAAGAUUUGUUUUAAUUAUGUGUCUGUGUGUGUUUGUUGUUGUGAGUGCAGUACCCGCAGAAGCCAGCAGAGGGAGUUUGAUCAAGCCCCUGGAGCUAAAGUUGUAGGCAAUUGUGAGCUGCCCGAUAUGUGUGCUGGGAGCAGAGCUCUGGUACCCUUAACUGCUGAGCUGUGUCUGUAGCUUUAUGAGAUCCCCCCCCCCCCAUAAAACUUUUUAUUAUGAGGUUUCUGUAUUACUAAAAUUUAUUUAAAUGAAUACAUCAUUGAUCAUAAAAACAUUAUUUUGCACACUAUUGAGAAGUUGUGUAAGAAACUGCUGAGAAAGAAAAAAAUGUGAAUUAAUUAUAAGACAUUAUGAAUUGGAAGACAUCUCUUCAGAGAAGCUAAAAAAUGUGCAACUUAGGAUCAAUGUCGAACCAUCUCUGUCUUCUAUAAAAUUAUCCUUGUACAAUUUAACAUUUUGCCUGACUAUGUGUCUAUGUACCAUGUGUGUGCCUGGUUCCUGUGGAGGCCAGAAGAGGGUGUUGGAUCUCUUAAAACUGGAGUGACAGAUGGUUGUGAGCCACCGUGUGGGUGCUGGGAAUUGAACCUGGAUCCUUUGGAAGAGCAGCUAGAUCUCGUAACCGUGGAGCCAUCUUCCCGCCCCAUUAUCACAGCAUCUUCAGUGUGUAGUCUUUCCAUAUAGACUUCCUUUUCUUGCUAUUUUAUAUGAGCACACUUGCCUCUAUCUUGAUGUGUUAAGUUGGUGCUAUUUUUGUGAAGUUUUGGACUCAUGGCUUAACCUUACAUCACUGAGAGAUCUGAGUAAUUUUUUUUAUGCUUUUGAAUAAUUUCUGUAGCUUGAGGAAUAUCAGGUCCUUGACAGCUUAAAAAAAAUUUACUGUGUCUGGAGAGAUGGCUUCAUGGUUUAUAGUGUAUACCUCCCUUGCAAUUUGCUUCCUGACACCCACAUCAAGACAGUGCACAAUUACCUAUAAUUCCAGCUCCAGGGACUCAGACUCCCCCUCCUGGCCUCUGGGGACAUGACACCCAUAUGCACAUACCCACCCAUAUUCCCCCACACACAUACAUAUAAUUAAAAAAUAAAUCUUUUAAUUUUUUUUUAAAAAGAAUUCACCGGUAAUCAAUUCCAAGGUUUGUGAGAGGGAAAUCUCAGAUGAUGUUUGGAAAGCAGUUUGAAUUAUCGCAAGCCAUUACUAUGAUAAUUCUAUCUUGGUACCUUAUGAAUACUUUUUUACUUUUUGGAUUCAUUUUGAUGAUUUAUAAUAGUCUUUUAUCUUCUAGAGAGUCCUUCAUUCUGUAGAUCUUUUGAGAUUAUAAGCUUAGUUAUGAACACUAUUUUUAUAAUUAAACAAAAAGAUUCUCUGCAUUUCCCCCCCAUCACUGUUUUCCUUUUAACUUGCCAUUGUUGCUCCCUUGUUAUUUGUUUGCUUUUACCAAACACUUAUCUGGCGUUUAUUAUUGUUUUCCCAAAGAUCUAGUGUUUGGCUUUAUUUAUAUGUAUUCAUAGUUUGUAAAAUUAUAAAUAUUUGUAUUUAUUAUUUCUUUUGUUAUUUCUAAUAUGUUAACUUACAGACUAUACAUACUGUGCUUAGUUCUGACUACUUUUAUUUCUUGUGUCACAUUUUAAGCAGAAUACUUAAUUUGCAUUCUCUCUGUAUUUGCAAUAACAUACUUAAUAAUAGAAAGGCCCUUCUGGAUUUAAUAACACUGGCCAUGUCAUGACAUUAUAUAAUAAUCUACAUCCUUGCUCAUCUUGACUUUUUUUGUAGCAGCCCUAGUAGAUGCGUCAAAGUCCAGUGGUUUAGUUUGUUUUCUGUCUAACAUUAUUUUUGCGGGGCUGUGGGGCUGGGGACAUGGCUCAGUGGGUAAGAGCGCUUGCUCUGCAAACAUGGAGACCUGAGUUUGAAUUCCUGGGAUCCACAUAACAAACAGGUUGGAAAGCAAUGGAGGAAGACAUCAUGUCUUGCUCUGAUCUCCACAAACACAUGCAUGAGUGAGCACAUGCAUACUCACAUGGAUGCAACCAAUCCCCCUCCCCCCAUCCAUGCAUUCCCCCCCUACACGCAAAAGGAAAUGGAGCCGUCUAAUUCUUGUGAAUGUAACCUAUGGUAUAUUUGCUUCCAAAACAUUUGUGAAGCUUCAACUAUGGCCAAGAGCGUGUCUGGACUUUAUACCUGUUUGAUGGGUGUUAAAGCUGAAUACCUACUCUUUGAAGACUAGAACUCCAUGUAUGUCUGUCAACCCAGCCUCAUCAGCGAUGCAGCUCAGCUUCACCCGGCUUUGGAUUGCUUCAUCUGUUCUUUAACUCAUCAGUGUUUUUUUUUUAUAAUAUUUGCUUUAUGUAUAUACAAAUUGUGUAAUUCAAUACUAACAAAUCCGGAACUCUUAUAACUUGCUGAUUAGAUGACAUAUGUAAAACACCAAGCACAUCAGGCAUAUAAUAAUCACUCAAUAAAUGCCAGUUUAAACCA